AUGUCGCGGCCGGAGGACACUCUCUCCGCCGACGCCUAUUACGAUGACGCCGAAGCGCGCAAGUACACCACCUCGUCCCGCAUACAGAGCAUCCAGGCGCACAUGACGCGCCGCGCCCUCGAGCUGCUCAACCUCUCGUCGCCCUCCCUCGUCCUCGACGUCGGCUGCGGGAGCGGCCUGUCGGGCGAGAUCCUCUCCUCCGUGCCCCCCGACGAGGGCGGCCCCCACGUGUGGGUGGGCAUGGACGUGGCCGCCUCGAUGCUGGACGUCGCGCUGCAGCGGGACGUCGAUGCCGACCUGCUGCUGGCCGACGCCGGCCAAGGCGUGCCGUUCCGCGCCGGCACCUUCGACGCCGCGAUCAGCAUCAGCGCCAUCCAGUGGCUGUGCAACGCCGAGAGCAGCGACGUGUCCCCGGCCGGCCGCCUGUCGAGGUUCUUCAACGGCCUGUACGCGAGCCUGAGGCGGGGCGGCCGCGCCGUCUGCCAGUUCUACCCCAAGAACGACGAGCAGAAGCGGAUGAUCACCAGCGCCGCCGUCAAGGCCGGGUUCGGCGCCGGCCUGCUCGAGGACGACCCGGAGUCCAAGAACGUCAAGAUCUACCUCGUCCUGACCGUCGGCGGCGCCAACGCCGACGGCCACGGCGGUGACAUCAUCGGCGUGGUGAGGGGCAUGGAUAAUGUCGACGUGCUCGACUCGCGACGCGACACCCGCGCCGGCAAGGGCGAGAUUAAAAAGGGGAGCAAGGCCUGGAUCGCCAAGAAGAAGGAGCAGAUGGAGCGGAAGGGCAAGGUGGUCAAGGCCACGUCCAAGUACACCGGCCGCAAGAGGCGCGUUGCCUUCUAG